AUGGUAGCCGUGUGCGGCCAAGAGCUUAGUGACCUCCUGAAAAACUUUUUCAUUCCGCGUCGCCCCAUCAAGCUCUCGCCAGAUCCGUUCCUCGGAACGUUGAUGGAGUACAACGUGACCGUGGCUACAGGCACCUUUAAGUAUUCAGGUACUGUUCACAAAGUGUCCAUUACCCUGGUGGGGGAGAAUGGAGAGAGUGAGAGGAAGCAGCUGGACGAACAUGGUUGGGGUCUGUGUAAGGGCCAAGUUUGUGAAUAUAAAGUUCGUAGCUCGAUUCCUUUGGGUCGUGUGUUCCUUGUACGCUUGGAGAUGAAAAACUCGGAGAAUCUACCUAUUAAAGGUAGUUGGUUUUGCAGUUAUGUGAAAGUCACACCAUCAGGAGGGGAAGAAACACAAACCUUUCCUUCUAAAAGGCUGUGUGAUGAGAUCUUGCCCCAAGAGUUGACUCAUAGAAAUGCACAACUGCAGCAAAGACAGGAAACUUUCCGAUGGCAAGCCUGGGCUCCAGGAAUUCCUAAAUGCGUAGACUUCAAAUCAGAAAAUGAUCUCCCCCCAGAUGUUCGCUUUGACUUUGAGGAUGCAAAGGACUUUAAUCAAAUGUUCAAGGAGACACUUAAGGAGCUGUCACUGGAGGAGCUGAUCCUCUUGGUUAAUGUGUCGUGGAAGGAUCUGAAUGAUUUAGACAAUUUAUUUUGUGAACUGCCUAAGACUUCUACUUCAGAGUACAUUAGGGAACACUGGGAAGAGGAUGUUUUUUUCGGCUAUCAGUUCAUGAAUGGACCGAACCCGCGAAUGAUCCAGCGGUGCAGGAAACUGCCUUCCAACUUCGCCGUCCAAGGAGAAAUGGUGCAGAACUUUUUACACCCCAACACCACCCUGGAUAAAGAGCUAGAGGCUGGAAAUAUAUACCUUGUGGACUAUGCUAUACUGGAUGGGAUCCCUGGUAAUGUGAUCAAUGGGAAGCAGCAGUAUAUAGCAGCUCCUUUGUGUUUACUGUAUGAACAUCCGAACAUAGGCCUUAUUCCUAUUGCCAUACAGCUUGUACAGAAUCCUACCAAGGACACACCCAUCUUUUUCCCCAAUGAUCAACAUGAUACCUGGCUAUUGGCCAAAAUGUGGGUCCGUCAUGCUGAAUUUCAGACCUUUGAGGUUCUGUCGCACUUGCUGCGAACUCAUCUUAUAGCAGAGGUGUUCUGUGUGGCCACAUGGCGUCAACUCCCUGCAGUCCACCCAAUAUAUAAGCUGCUCAUUCCUCAUCUGAAGUACACCCUGGAGAUAAAUUGCCGUGCACGCACAGGUCUCAUCUCUAGUGAUGGUAUCUUUAAAAAGGCGGUGUCCACAGGUGGUGAAGGGCUGCUGAUGCUGGUUCAGAGGGAGUAUAAGAUCCUGACCUACCGCUCUCUCCAACCGUCCUAUGACUUCAGAAACCGUGAUGUUUCUAAACUCAAUAAAUACUUCUACAGAGAUCACAGCUUGAAACUCUGGAAUGCCAUUGAGAAGUUUGUCUCCAGCAUAGUGUCUCUAUACUACACUAGUGACCAUGAAGUGAAGCAGGAUUCAGAACUUCAAGCAUGGAUUAAGGAUGUGGUUGAGAAAGGCCUUACAAAUGCUUCUAACUUCGGGCUGCCUAAUAAACUACAAAAUAAACAGGAACUGAUCACUCUAUUGAGUGUGAUCAUCUUCACCUGCUCUGCACAACAUGCAGCAGUCAACAAUGGACAGUUUGACUUUUGUUCAUGGGUAUUCAACACACCUUGCACCAUGCGCCAGCCUCCACCCACGGACAAGGACGGUGUCACUAGGGAGUUGAUCAUGAGCACACUCCCAGAUAUCCACCAGUCAUGUUUUGAAGUGGCAAUCACAUAUCUUUUAGUACAAUUACUGACAUACCCAAUGCCUCUGGGAAACUACAGGGAACAGCAUUUCACUGAGCCGUCACCCCAAAAGAUGAUUGAAGACUUCAAGCAAAAUCUGAAUCAUAUUGAGAAGGAAAUCGAAAAAGAUAUCGAUACUGUCAAACCGCAAUAUCUCUAUCUGUGUCCUAAACACAUAGAUAACAGCAUUGCCAUAUAG